AAUUAAACAAUAAUAAUAAUAAGAAUAAUAAUAAUAGCAUUAUUUUUCUUAUUAUUUCUAAAAUAGCUAUUAUUUUUUUUGCUUUUGUUAAACAAUUCGAAAAAUGUUUUAUUUUUUAAAUUAAAUAAAAUUCAAAAAAAAAAAUUUUAAAAAAAUAAUAUUAUUUUUAUUUAUGUAUAAAUAAAAAAAUAAUUAUUAAUACAGUGCUAUAUAUAAAUUUUAUUUAUAUUUAUAAUAAUAAAAAUAAUAAAUAAUAAUAAUAAUAAUAAUAAACAUAUUAUUUUUUAUUUAAAAUAAUAAUAGUUUUUAGUUUUAUUUUUAUUAUUAUUUUUAAUUUUAUUUUUUUAAUAAAAAAUGGCAACAAUUGCAAAAGCAAGAGAAAAUAAUAUUUUUAAUAAUAAUAACAAUAAUAAUAUAGAUGAUAAUAAUAUAGAAAAUAAUCCAGAUAGUAGUUCAAAAAUAGAUAUAGAAAACAAAACUAUAAAGAAUAAUAAACAAAAUAAUAUGAAUUAUAAUAAUAGCGAUAGUAAUAGUUUAAAUAAAAUUACAAUUUUUGAUAUACCCAUCGAAAUUUUGUUUCACAUUUUUACAAUCGAAAAUAAUGUAAACUAUUAUAACAUAAGCUCACCAAUUCAAAUAAAUUGUAGGAAUAUAAAUCAUAAUAAUAAUGAUUUAUCUAUAAAUUAUAAUAGCUAUAAUAAAAAACAAGUAAUUAAAAUGAUAAUAAAUUUCUCAAUGACAUGCAAAUAUUUUGAAAAUAUAUUUCAAGAUGAUAGAUUUUGGUUCAAAUCUUAUAAAGAUUAUUUUUCAAACUAUUCACUAAUAGAUAUUGAUAGGAAAUGUUUAUCGAGUUCAAAUUAUACACCAAUUUCACUAUCAUCAUCAACAACCCCGACUAAUAUCUCACCAGCAUUAUUACCCUCAUCCUCUUCCUCUUCAAUAGAAAAACCAAUUACAAAUAAUAAUGAUAAUCAUAUUAUUAUCAAAAAUCACCACCAACAACAUGAUGACAAAAUAAAAUUUAAUGAAGGAUUCAAUAAAUCCAUAAGCAUAGAUGACAAUGAUAACGAAAAUAAUAUUAAUAGUAAUUAUAAAACUAAUGAUAAUAGCAAUAGUAUAAACAAAGAAGGUUUAGAAGAAAUUUUAAAUAUUAAUUAUAGAGUCAACUUAUCAUGGAAAAAUAGAUUUAUUAAAAGAAAUCACCCAUGGAAUCUACACAAUUUAUCAUUAAAAAAAGAAAUUCAACAAAAUAAAGGAAUAACAUCAUUAGAAGUUGAUAAUAACUAUUUAUUUAGCGGGUCCCACGAUACCAAUAUAAACCUAUAUAGCCUAGAUGAUUUAAAGAGUAAACAAGUAUUCAAGGGACACGAAUCAACUAUAUGGGCAUUAAAAUCAGAUGGAAAAAGACUAUAUAGUGGUUCAAAUGACCAUACCAUUAGGAUAUGGGACUUAAAGAGUAAUCAAUGUAAAUCAAUAAUCAGGGAUAGAACAAAAAUUUUCUCCAUAGCGAUAAAAGAUAAACUUAUAGUUAGUUCAAGCGAUAAUAAUAUUAAAGUAUGGAAUAGAAAAUCUCAACAGUUAGUAACUACACUAAGGGGUCACAAUGGAGGUAUCAACACCAUCGAGCUCAAAGAUCAAAAUUUAUAUAGCGGUUCUUCCGAUGGAUCGGUAGGUGUUUGGGAUUUAAAUCAAAUGAAAAUCGUCACAAAUAGAAUUGAUCCCGUUGACAAGAUUCUUUCUUUGAAACUAGUUAAUACAAAUACUCUUGUUACAGGUUCACAGAAUUGCCAAAUCAAGUUUUGGGACCUGCGUCAAUCCCAUCGUGACUCUCCAAUUGUUUCUUUAUUAAAUGCGCAUAAAUGGGAGGUUUGGCAAUUAGAAAUGUGUGGCGGAUACUUAUUUAGCGGUAGCUUUGACCAUACAAUCAAAGUUUGGAGUUUAAAUAAUUUUCAAAAUUUAAAAACUAUUUCAAGCCACCGUAGUUACAUCCACGCUUUAACCUCUUCAUCAUUUAAUUUAUUCAGUGGUUCUGCAGAUAAAUUUAUUAAAAUUUGGAAAUCUGACGAUAUAAUAUAAACCAAUAAAUCAAAUUAAAAUAAUAGUGUACAAAAAAUAAUAUAAUAAAAAUAAUAAAAUAAUAUAAUAUAUUAAGUUUAAUAAAU